GAUUAACUACUAUAUUUUUUAAAGCAUAUUCACUCUCAUAGGUAAAAAUGUCAGCGCUGCAAGAGACAGAACAUCUUCCAGAUCAACCUAUGAGGACAGCUGAGCAGAUCCAAAGUAUAAUCAGUAAAAACAAUAUUCUCAUUCUUCAAAUGAAACUCCACAACAACAUGCUGAAAAAGAAGCUGGAAACAAAGCUAGAGGCAGCUGUGCAGAAGCUGGAGGAACAGGUGAACAAGAAAAUAGAACAAAUGAGUGUUCAGAGCCACUACAGAGAGGCUUUGAAGUGCCGUCUGGAAGAAAUGAAACAGCAUCACAGUAACCACGUGCACAUGGGCCAGACUGAACAAGAAACAUGUCAGCAAAAGGAGCAGAAACCUUUAGAGCUUCAGUCCAGUCUUGAAAAGGCUCAUAUGAAGUAUGAAGAAGCUCAGCAACUUACCCUUAUCUAUUUGGAUAUUAAGAAGGAUCUUCAGGGUGAAAUUCUGAACUUUAAAAGCUGCCUGGAGAGCAUGAAGGUAGCAGUAGAGAGGCAAAGGCUGGUGGUGAACAAGUUGAAACACAUUGAGAGGGAUCUCUGCAUGGCUAAGGAGGAGGCAAAGGCUGCCCUGCAGACUCAAAAAGACCUGACAAAUACGACGCAUCACCUGAGAGAGCUACACAGGGACAACUAUGACAUGGAAGAAGAGGAAGAGAGAGAGAAAGACAGAGAGAGGCUGGAGUCCCCAAUGUUGCUGACGCAGCAUGAUCCUGAAGUCCUUGAAGGGGAGACUCUGUGUGAAGCUCCUGCAGAGACUGCAAUAGAAACAACAGCUACUGACUGCAAUGAAAUUUUCCAAAAGUUCGAAGAUCCCUCACUUGACCCUGAACCAGAGAAUGUCGUACAGCUCUUUAUUUCUCAGAGUGAUACCCUCCAGCAGCUGGAGCAUCUUGCAUCCAAAAACAACACAUUCCUAGAAUGUCUGAAGGAAGAACAAAGGAGAAUCAAAGAGGAACUUAACCUGAUCAGAUACACUGAAAACAGCAGACUGACUCGCGAGCACCAGGACCUGGAGGAGCUUAUAGUUCAACUGCGAGCCAUAGAGAAGCGUAGAGAUGAUGCCGGCAAGCGAGCAAAUGAACUGUCCAGCAUUCACGACAAAGUGAGGACCGUCUUAGAGAACCUUGACAGCAAACUACAAGUAAUCAGCACAAAAGUGAAGCGAGUUAAGAAGAUGACCAAGAUGCCACCACUGCAAGCAGAUGAAGCAAAAACUGUUGAAGGGAAAGGACUGAACAAAGCUAAAGUUCAAGCACCAAAUGUACCAAGACCACUAAAAAAGAAAAAGAAAAAAAGGUUAAAGACAGAGCUACACCAGCGCAUGUGAUUUGGCAUCAAUAUAAUUAUUUGUCAAACCCUGAAUUCUGAUUGAUAUAUAUAUAUCAUGUUUUGUUUAACAGAGUAACUGAACAGGUCAAGGAAGGCAGGCAGCGAAAGGCACCCCCUACUUCUAAUGUUAAUUUAUUAUUAUAUUAAAAUAGGAAUUAUAGUUCUAAAAACAUUAUUUCCCACUGACUAAUUAAAGGUUACUCAUGUUAUGUGAAUUAAUAUACUGUAGCCAGAGAUUGAGAGUACAUACUUUACAAGUAAUUACUGAAUUUAGUGUUACUUGCUCUUUUUCACGUGCAAUUACUCUAAGUCCGAUGUAGAUGCUGGUGAUCAGGGUCUUCCAGCUGUCUCUUCUCCUUGCCAUUCUGACUCCUGUUGUUCCCAAACCAUCUCAUAGCAUUUCCACUUAUCCUGUUUAACUGCCUUAUUCUUCCUCUCUUCUCAAUGAUAUUAACCAGCAAUGCAAAACUAUCAAUGCCUUCACCUCUAAUGAUGUUCCCCACAUAUUUUAAAUGUCUAUACUUUAUCUCACGUUGUGUCUUUUCACCUGUGCUCUUUUUUAAUACUCCUUCAUUUGUUACUUUAUCUAUGCAGGAAUUUAUUAGUACUCUUCUAAAAAAAACUCAUUUCACAGCUUUCUAAUCUACAUUCCAUUGCUUUGAUCAUAGUCCAGGUUUCACAACCGUACACUUUUGUCAUUGCAAUCUUGCUCUUGAUUUCCUGAUCACUUAUUCCAUCUUGUGUUAACAUGCCACCCAGAUAACAAAAGUGAUCCACUUACUUGACAUUUUUAGAUUUUACUUUUAACUUGCAUUUUGCCUCUACUGUGUCUUUUUUUACAAUAGACCUUUUUUUUGAGGAGAGUGAAUAUACACUGUAAAUUAAACACAGAGACAAUGUCAAAGGUUUGGGGGAUCUCCCCGUAUACUGUAGGUGUUAGAUGAAUCAAAUACGUAUUUACAGACUAGAGUCAAAAACAGAACUGAGUAUAACAAAGAGAAGGUGGCAUAUAUGGUUGACUGAAGGAAAUGACGUCAUGAGUCUGAGGCAUUCUGGAACCAGAAGUGACAUCAGAAGCUGGUUGAUCGGAACUGGACAUGAUGUUAUCUUGGAGCCAGUAGUAAUGGUUAGGCUGACGGUUCUUGUGUUGUUCUGUAGAGAGAUAGGAGAAGGAGUUAAGAGGACAGCGCCAACCUCUGGUCUGGUGGGCAAACACACUUAUUUGAGCACUUAAACUGUUUCCUAAUCGUACAUGUGUGACAACACACAAGAAUUGAUUAUGGAAGUAACCACUCUCAUAUGAAAUACAGCAUUCUCCUUGAUUUGAUUUAUUACUCUAGAAUAGAAGUUUUAAGACAGCUAUUGUAAACUGACACGAUACAGUGCAUGACAGUACAGGUUAGAAGAGCUGAGCUAAGAAAUUGGCAAAGUGUGAAUACUUUCCUCUUGGAGGACUAAUAAAUAUUGUUCAUGCACUCAGACAUGUCAUCGUCAAUAUAACCUUGGGUCACUGGUGGUGUGUAAAAUACCCAGUAUGUACAUUUUAUUACAUUUGUUUUGCCUUUCACUUUGUACCUUUUUGAGAUGUAUGUAGUGAAGCUGGGAUUUUUUUUAAAACUAAAAAUCAUUACUGUCUUCCCCAAUGCCAUUUUGGAUUGCUCUCGGACACUGCUGUUUUGCGUCAGCUGUUGCCUAGGCAACUGGCUUGUAUUUUUGACUGUUUCAUCUCCUGAUCCUUUAAUUAAAAUCUUUUUCAGUCUCAUGUUAAGAUAGAAUGCAGUAGUAAUGAGAAAGUCCUGUUUGUACUGCCAGUGCACAGUGGCAGCAGAUUUUAAAUAGAUACAGUCAGGUCUAUAAAUAUUUGGACAGACAGCUUUUUUCUAAUUUUGGUUCUGUACAUUACCACAA